UGCAACACAAGGUUUAUUUUGGUGCUUAUUUGUCAGGCGCGCAAUGGCAUCUUUCCACUUAUGUACAGCCGCGCGCUCUUUGCUAAAGUCUUAUCGACACAGAGCAGUGUUAAAAACGGUCCAAGGACUCAGAGUGUGGGAGUUAAGAGACAUGUAUCUAUGUACUUCCAUCGCAGUGCACAACAGCAUGGAGGAGAUCCUGAGAAAGACUGUGGCCCCAUUGUCCACCUAUGAGAUGAGAGACAAAUCUCCACCUCCACCUGAAUCCAACAGUAUGGAGUUCAUGCACUUCUACAAGAGUUUAGAGAAAGAGCAAAAGCUGGAGUUUCUCGAGAAGCUGUCUUAUGAUUUCGGGGUAGAUCACAGAUGGGCUUCGGAUCUGGCUGCGAAGUUGCUGGACACUCAGGGACGCGAAGCGGCCACUAUCCUGCAGGUGGAGGACAGGUUACGGUACAGUCUAACACCCCGCUACCGACAGCUGCUCACGCACAUCAGCAAGGUUCCGGGCGGAGUGAAGUUUCUGGUGGACCUCAGGGCGGAUCUCAUCGAGUUAAAAAUUAGUGACAGCCCGCAUAUGAGGGAUCUGAACAGCACUCUGAAGAGUCUUCUGUCAGAAUGGUUCUCUGUUGGCUUACUCCGACUGGAAAGAAUCACUUGGCAGUCCCCAUGCGAGAUCCUUCAGAAGAUCAGCCAGUACGAGGCGGUCCAUCCUGUGCGGAACUGGACGGAUAUCAAACGCAGAGUGGGGCCGUACCGGAGAUGUUACGCCUUCACCCAUGCCUCCAUGCCUGGAGAGCCACUGGUGGUGUUGCACGUUGCCUUAACUGAGGACAUAGCAAAUAAUAUCCAGGGAAUUGUAAGAGAGUUUUCCACUCUAGACGCAGACGAAGAUGUUAACAAGAUCAAUGCAGCCAUCUUCUACUCCAUCUCCUCCACUCAGGCCGGAUUGCAGGGGGUUGAGCUUGGAAACUACCUCAUCAAGAGGGUGGUCCGAGAACUGCAGAGUGAAUUUCCUCACAUGGCCCAGUUCUCCAGUCUGUCUCCCAUCCCUGGUUUCUCCUUAUGGCUACAAGGGGCUCUCGGACAGCUCAAGAAGGAGGGCCGUGCCAUAGAGCUCCUGUCUGAGCAGGAGUGGAGGGAGGUGGAGGAUGUGACGGGAGCUGUCCCUGGUACCCCAGCUCUGGAGGCCCUGCGCAGGCUCAUCAGCACCAGCGAGUGGAUCCGCUCCGACCGCCUUGUCCAAGCUCUGGAACCUGCGCUAAUGCGGCUCUGCGCCUGGUAUCUGUACGGAGAGAAACGGCGGGGCUACGCCCUAAACCCCGUGGCCAACUUCCAUCUUCAGAAUGGCGCCACUAUGUGGAGGCUGAACUGGCAAGCUGACACAAGCCCACGAGGGAUGGCCAACUCUUGCGGCAUAAUGGUUAAUUAUCGCUACUUUUUACAAGAAACCAGCACUAACAGCGCCGCCUACCUGCAGAAUAAAGUCAUCAAGGCUUCGGAGCAGGUGAUGGGACUGGUGUCGCAGUUUCAGAAGAACAGCAAACUCUGAGUCAAAUCUCUAGCUCUGUGCUGGAACUCGAAUAUUGUUAUCAUUUUUGAUAACUCUGAUCUGCACAGGGUGGACAAACACAAUGAAGAUUUAAAUGAGCCCCACGUGGAUCUACAACUGAAACCUGCAAGUCAUAUUUCAUUGUUUAUUCAGAGAUGGACCGUUGUACUCUGCCUUUCUGAAAGAUAAUAAUCCAAUAAAUCUAAUUCUAAAGGGAUAGUUCACCCCAAAACGAAAAUUUUGGCAUCAUAUACAAACCCUCAAGUUGUUCCAAACCUGUAUGACUUUCUUUCUUCCUCAGACAAUCGUCCUGCAGCUUUUUCAUCCAGCAGCUGUUCACAAUGACAACAUAAUGUCAUAGAUAAAACAUUAUUAAAAGUAUUAAAAUAGUCCAUAUUUAUCCAUUAAACUCUGUGAAGCCAUACAACUUUUUGUUACGAAUAAAUUCACAUUUAAAUAAUUAUUUGUUCUCAAAUUGCACAUCACUUAUGAAUAUGUAGCAGUAGCACACAGGUUUGAUGUCAUUACAUGCGAGAACCAAUGGCAUUUGAUGCUAUUGACGCCCAACCUGAAGGUUGAAUUUAAAAAGAACUGGUUCUUAAGAGUCAUUUGCUCAUGAAACGGCAUUUGUUGUUAAGAAAUCAAGACACUCUUUGUAUUGUAUGUUUUUAGCAUGCAGCUAGGGUUUUGGGGUUCUGAUAGCUAUGUAAAAACAAUUAAAUAUAUACAAUUCAACUAUAAAACAACAUAAAAUAUGUAUAAAACAACAUACAGUUUGAGAUGAGGGUGAGUAAAUGAUGACCGAAUAUUCAUUUUAAGUGAACUAUCCUUUUAUGACGUUUACUAUGAUUACCCAGCAUGCUGCUUGGUGAUGUUACAAUGAGGUUUCACAUAAUUUUUUUAAGGUGUUCCAAAUCUCCACUAAUUUCAAUCAAGAAAAGGAUAAUCUUCCAAAUGAAUCUAUUUUUCUCAGUGCUUUUCAGCAGCGCUUGAGCCUCUGUUUGAUUAGCCGGUUGCUGAUUUUGAUGUAGACUUAUGCUACACUCUGAAAGACUGGGGGUAAUGAAGCGGGACGAAUCUAUCAGCCUCUGUCAUGUCUUUGCCUUCUCAGCGUGUGUACGUAAGAGAGCGUUCCAGCGCGACUGAGUGGAAGCUGCUGUAAUAAAUGAUGUUUUGAUUCCUUCAUUAGCGGGAUCUGAUUCAAUGUGAAACGGCUGUCUGUAUGUAAAUGUGUCUCAAUGUGCCAGCUAAAAAUGUUUAUUUAUGAAUUAAAAUUCUGCUUAUCUUCCAAAAA